GGACAGGAAGUGGGGUGGUCUUUGCAGCAGCCAAUGACAGAACAGGGUUGGUGAAAUCAAACAGAAAGACCAAUCAGAGUGUGCGGGAUGGUCCAGAGUUGGGUCCAGUCUCUGCACAGUAAGAUCAGAUGGUCCAACUGAACUGAAGUAUUUAUGCAGCAUUCACAGUGUAGUACUGAGUAUUUCCUGUGAAGUUCGCAGUGUGAUACUGGUACCAUGGACUCUGAAGCUCCCCCCAUGCUCUCUCUCGUCUCUGUGUUGUCUCUGCUGGGCUGUAGCCUCCAGCUGUUGGUGGCUGCCCUACUCACACACAGGUAUGGUGGGCGGAGCUCCAAGACGGACUGGUGGAUCCUGCUGUGGCUGUUCUAUGAUGUCAUCGUCCACCUGACGCUGGAGGGUCCGUUUGUUUACAUGUCUCUGGUUGGGACAGUGGAGACAUCUGAAGGUCCUCUGGCUGAACUCUGGAAGGAGUACGGUAAAGCAGACAGUCGCUGGUUGGUUUCUGAUCCAAACAUCGUCUCCUUGGAGAUUCUGACGGUGGUCCUGGACUCUCUGCUAGCUCUGCUGCUGAUCCAUGCAGUGCUCAAUGACAAGUACUACAGACACUUCCUGCAGAUCACUCUGAGUGUGUGCGAGCUGUACGGCGGCUGGAUGACCUUCUGUCCUGAUUGGCUGCUGGGCAGUCCUCACCUGGACACGUCCAACCCACUCUACCUGUGGGUCUACUUGGUCUUCUUUAACGGACUCUGGGUCCUGGUCCCGGUUCUGCUGCUGGUCCAGUCCUGGUUGUGUCUCCAGGGUCUUCAUGCAGUCAAAGAAGACAGAGCGUCGGCCCAGAGGAAGAAGCUGUAGACGCUGUCAGUGAACUAGUGAUCGGGAACCUUUCACUGUUGAGCUCAUUGUUUUCAGGCUGGUGACAGAAAUGAUUUUGUAGCAGGAAGGAACCAAUCAUAUAGCUGGAUCAUCACUAAAACUUUUAUUAAUCUCUAUAAAUAAAAUCUUGAGUUUAAACAUG